ACUGAAACAGGUCCCGCCCUAGGGAAGCUCAGUGAGGCUCCAGUUAAAGGCUAGGGCACCCGGUGCUCAGUUGGCCUCGGAGUUUCGUACCCACUGGUGGCGGAUUCUCCGCCCGCCCCACGUCCGGGGAUGCGAAGUCUCAGCUUGGCGUGGCUGCUGGGAGGUGUCAUCCUUCUGGCGGCCUCGGUCUCCUGCAACCGGACCUACCCAGGUGAAGACCUUGCGGCGGGUAGAACUAAGAGUAAAGGAAGAAGUCUUAUUGGCAGACCGGACACUCCCCCUCCAGUCAAUGGGAAAGGAGUUACAGUAGAACCACGCUUCUCCAUUGAUGACUUCUCUACGUCCGUCCUCACUGGGAAGCUGACCACCGUCUUCCUGCCGGUCAUCUACACUAUUGUAUUUGUGAUCGGUUUGCCCAGUAAUGGCAUGGCCCUCUGGGUCUUCCUUUUCCGCACGAAGAAAAAGCACCCUGCCGUGAUUUACAUGGCCAACCUGGCCUUGGCAGACCUCCUGUCUGUCAUCUGGUUUCCCUUGAAGAUCGCCUACCACCUACGUGGCAACAACUGGAUCUAUGGGGAUGCGCUUUGCAAGGUGCUUAUCGGCUUUUUCUAUGGCAACAUGUACUGCUCCAUCCUCUUCAUGACUUGCCUCAGCGUGCAGAGGUACUGGGUGAUAGUGAACCCCAUGGGACACCCCAGGAAGAAGGCCAACAUCGCCGUUGGCGUCUCCCUGGCCAUCUGGCUCCUGAUCUUCCUUGUCACCAUCCCUUUGUAUGUCAUGAAGCAGACAGUCUACAUCCCAGCCCUGAACAUCACCACAUGUCACGACGUGCUGCCGGAGGCGGUGUUGGUGGGGGACAUGUUCAAUUACUUCCUCUCCCUGGCCAUUGGCGUCUUUCUCUUCCCAGCCUUUCUCACCGCGUCUGCGUACGUGCUCAUGAUCAAAACGCUCCGCUCUUCUGCCAUGGAUGAACACUCGGAGAAGAAAAGACGGAGGGCGAUCAGACUCAUCGUCACCGUGCUGGCCAUGUACUUCAUCUGUUUCACUCCCAGCAACCUUCUGCUCGUCGUGCAUUACUUCCUCAUUAAAACCCAGAGCCAGAGCCACGCCUACGCCCUCUACCUCGUCGCCCUCUGCCUGUCGACCCUCAACAGCUGCAUCGACCCCUUUGUCUAUUACUUUGUUUCACAGGAUUUCCGGGAUCACGCCAAGAACGCGCUCCUCUGUCGGAGCGUCCGCACUGUGAAUCGCAUGCAAAUAUCCCUCACCUCCAACAAGUUCUCCAGAAAAUCCAGUUCUUAUUCUUCGAGUUCGACCAGUGUUAAAACCUCCUAUUGAGCCGGACCUGAGGCUAUCAUCAAGCCUGUUCAGUGGUGUGUGUGUGUGUGUGUGUG